UUCUCUUGUCUUGGGAGCACGAGGAGCAUUUCCAUCAUGAGCUUCACUGGAAAGUACGAACUGCAGUCCCAGGAAAAUUUUGAGCCUUUUAUGAAAGCCCUUGGGCUUCCUGAUGACCAGAUCCAGAAGGGUAAGGACAUCAAGAGCAUCUCAGAAAUCGUACAGGAUGGGAAAAAGUUCAAGGUUACCGUGACCACUGGCACCAAAGUGCUGCACAACGAGUUCACCAUCGGGGAGGAGUGCGAGAUGGAGAUGCUGACAGGAGAGAAAGUCAAAGCUGUUGUGCAGAUGGAGGGUAAUAACAAACUGGUCGCCAACCUGAAAGGGCUGAAAUCUGUCACCGAGCUCAACGGAGACACCAUCACCAACACGCUGACCUUGGGAGACCUCACCUACAAGAGAAUCAGCAAGAGAAUCUAGAAACCUUGCACACACCAAUCAUUUUACUGUGUAAAAUGUGUUCAUUAAAGUAAAAUUUGUAUUAAAGGCCUCUUCAUUAUCUUGAACCUCUUCACUGUUGCU